UCUAUGGUCUAAUGUCAAAACUCAUAACCUCAAUUCAAAAUAAUAUCGAAAUAUUUUUUCUGAAAAUAUACAAUUAAAAGUAUUAUAAACAAAGACAAACUGGUUUAAAACAUGAACCUUAAUAUAUCUGGAGUUACAAAAUAUGUUUGGAAAACUCAAAAUGUCGCUGGAUUCGGGUUCCAACAAGUGCGUAACAAGUGGUCUAAUUGGCUUAUGAUCCGAGACGUGAAAAGGCGCCGUAUGAGUGCUGAAAACUAUCUAGAAAGGACUCGAAUCAAUGCGAUGAGGAAAAAUGACAUCUUACCCGUGGAAAUCAGAGAGCUGGCUGAUAAAGACAUAAACAAGUUCGAAAUGAAUGCCAUCCCACUCAGAAUUAACGACAGAUGUGUUAUCACUUCAAGACCUCGCGGUAUUGUGAGGGAAUGGAGAAUGAGUCGUAUUGUAUGGAGACACCUGGCAGACUACAACAAACUCUCCGGAGUACAGAGAGCUAUGUGGGGAUAAAUUAUUAUAAUAUAGUGUGUAAUUAGAUAAUGAUUAUGUCUAUUGUAGAAUAAAAUAAAUUGUUAUUGCUUUA